CACAGAUACCUGGGUACCAGACAACAAAAUGGCCGCCAAAGCAGACGACCGACUGAAACCCUCGGCGGAUAACGAAGGGGUCGCGGAGAUUGCGAACUCUAAGAAAACAGCUGACCCUCAUCACCAGCCCGCCGCCCGACCUGACAUAAGUCACAAUGUACCCCCUUCUUUGCUGUCCGGAGAGAAGCGGAAAGCACCCUCUAGCCCGGAUGACGGAGGGCAGAAGAAGGCGAAACCUUUCACGAUGAGUUUCGGAGUGAGGACGAAAGGAGGCGGUGAGACGAGGGAGCAAGAUAGGAAUGCAAAGUCAGGUGGGAUCACAAUGAAAGUGGGAGCAGCACAACCUCUCAAAUCAGUUUCAUUAAAACUCAUGCAGAAACCCAAGGAGCCUGAACUGAAAGCGCCUACCAGCAGGGCAGUGGCCAAAGCCUUUGCAGAGGAUAGUGACGAUGAGGAAGAGGAGAUGCCACCAGAGGCCAAAAUGCGAAUGAAGAACGUCGGCAGGGAAACCCCAACGUCAGCAGGCCCCAACUCCUACAACAAGUCCAAGAUUGGCUUCAAUGAUCACGCUCGUGUCUGGAAGAAGUCUGUUGACUCCAAACGUACCGACCCAGAUGGGGACAAGAAAUGAGGAUUCAAAAUCAAAAACAACAAGUUUUACUUCAAAGGUUAUGAUAUAGCCUCUUUGUUAUAUUUUUUUAAAGGUAGAGUAGAUCAUUUGCAGCCAUCCAAAAAGUAACCGACCAAAUUAUUGUUAAAAACUUCCAAAUUAUUGUUAAAAACUUACAUGGUUUAAAGAUAUUAACCGAUUAAAUUUUUGUUAAAAACUUACAUGGUUUCAAGAUAGUAAUGGCACUAUCCCUGUGCAAUUAUUCCUUCUUGCAUGCUGUCAUUUUGAAGAAAAAAAGUAAAAGAAGGUCCUUUCCAAAGAUGUGUCAAGUGACCCAUUUUUGGAA